AUGACUGUUCCUGUGAAUGGAAAUAGGGCUCUGUCUAUAGGAACAACAGCGGAGAGUCCAGGGACGAUUCCGUCCGCAGCACCCGGUGCAUGGGAGAAGAUUCCGUCUACAGCACCCGGUGCAUGGGAGAAGAUUCCGUCCACAGUACCCGGUGCAUGGGAGAAGAUUCCGUCCACAGCACCCGGUGCAUGGGAGAAGAUUCCGUCCACAGCACCCGGUGCAUGGGAGAAGAUUCCGUCCACAGCACCCGGUGCAUGGGAGAACAUUCCUUCCACAGUACCCGAUGCAUGGGAGAACAUUCCGUCCACAGUACCCGGUGCAUGGGAGAAGAUUCCGUCCAAAGCACCCGGUACAUGGGAGAAGAUUCAAUCCACAGUACCCUGUGCAUGGGAGAAGAUUCCUUCCACAGUACCCGGUGCAUGGGAGAAGAUUCCACUCGCAGUACUCUAUGCAUAA